AUGUUUCUUCAAUCGAAUACACAAUAUUAUAUGAGAGUAACAACAUUUUCUCCAAAUGUAACCGGAAAUUAUACAAUUAUCAUAUCAGCAUUAAAUCGUGUUAAUAUUCAACAAAAUGUCAUCACUACGACAACAACAACUCCUUCUCCACCUCCACCAGAUCCUCACCCUUGUUUUUCCGGUGAUAGCUGGAUCGAGUUAUUUGAUGGACAACGAAAAAGAAUCGAUGAAUUACCUACGUUCCAUACUCUCCAAACGGAAUCAAAUCAUACAAUUAGUUUAACCUCUUUACAUUUAAUUCCAAUUGUUUCUGUAAAAGGUAAUUUAGAAUAUAUUCCAGCAAAAGAAGUCCAACUUGGUGAUUAUCUCUUUGUUCUUUCUGACCAAAGAAAAUUAAUUCGUUCAAAAAUCAUUCGAAUUGAAAUUGAACUUAAACUAGGUUACUAUGCACCUUCAUCAACAUCUGGUAUGUUAACAUUAGAUCAUUCUCAUACUUAUGAAUUCUUUUCUUUUCAAGGUACAUUGAUGGUUAAUAAUGUUUUAGUAAGUUCCUAUGCUAAUGUUCAUAGUCAUCAAUUAGCACAUCUUGCAAUGGCACCACUACGUUUGUAUCAUUAUUUAUCGAAAUAUUUACCGAUAAUCAAAGGAUUAGAUGAAGACAACAAGGAAGAAUUUCAUUGGACAGCCAAAACGAUGUUUCAUCUUGCUCAACAAUAUUUUCCAUUCCUAUUACGAUUAUCCUAA